AUGCAUGUGCAAUUCUUCAUCAUUUCCUGCUGGCUCACUAUCUUUCCCUAAAAAACACUCUGCAAUCUGACCAGAUCUGUGAAUCAUCCCAAUCCCCCAUGUUCCACAAACAUGAAUUGAACACUCAUUCUUCUUAAUUUCCUCCAUUUCUUUUUUACAUCUCUCUCUCUCUCUCUCUCUGUGUGUGUGUGUGUGUGAUUUUGCAGUAUGGAUCCUCAUACCCACCUCGAAUAUGCUCUGUUUCAACUUACUCCAACCAGAACAAGAUGUGAUCUUUUGAUCUUUUCUGGAAACAACAAAGAGAAAUUGGCAUCUGGAUUGGUGGAACCUUUCAUAUCUCACUUGAAAUUCUUUAAAGAUCAGAUUUCAAAAGGCGGGUAUUCGAUCACUCUUCGUCCAAACACCAAUAGCGCAUUUUGUUUCACCAAAUACACAUUCCAAAGGCUUGUGCGAUUCAUAAACUCACCUGAAGUUCUUGAGAGAUUUAUAAGAAUUGAAAAAGAAAUUUCACAGAUCGAGAAUUCUGUUCAUGGCAAUGAUGGAGAAGAGCAAGCGGGCGAAGUAGGGAGUUUAUUAUCAUCUGAUGGAAGCACCAAGAAGUCUGCUGAUCCCUCCAAGCUCAAAGCCGGAGAAGCUGGUGACCAGGGACAAGAAGAAAAUUCCAAGAUUCAACUUCAACGGUUAUUGGAGACACGGAAAGCAAUGCUUAGGAAAGAACAAGCAAUGGCGUAUGCCCGUGCACUUGUAGCUGGAUUCGAUCCAGAAAACAUGAAUGAUCUCAUAGUGUUUGCUGGUGAUUUCGGAGCCUCGCGUUUAAGGGAAGCAUGCAUAGAAUUCAAAGAUUUAUGCAAGAAGAAGCAUAAUGAUGGUUUAUGGAUGGAUGAAUUAGCAGCAAUGGCAGCAUUUCCCCCUUCGGAACUAGCUUACACUGGUACUUCCGGAUUACUACUAACGACCGAAAGUAAUGCUUCGACUUUGAAUAACGAUCUUAACUUUAUCGCUAUGCAAAAUGGAUCUGAGCAGACGAAUUCUGAAGUUACUCAGGCGGAUCAGUUACCAUCUACUCCUACAAAUGUCGGGAUGCAGAUGCCGUGGCCGAACCAGAUUCCACAAUAUAUGUACAAUUUUCCGGGCCCACAAGGACCACGAUACCCGUAUCCCUACCCGGGUAUGCCACCGUAUUAUCCGGCUCAUAUGAGUUGGCCUCCGAAUGCCGAUGAUUCUAGCCAUGGGCGCCACCAUAAAUCGUCUUCGAAAAAGAAGUCGAAAUUGCUAGAAAGCUCAGAGGAAGAUGAAGAAGAAGAGGAUGAUGAUGAUAGCAAUGAGGAUGGUUCGGAUUCCGUAACUGAUUCAGGUACGAACUCGAAGAAAGAAAAGUCGGCUAAAAAGAACCGAAAGAAGUCUUCGAAAACGGUUGUUAUUCGGAACAUUAAUUAUAUAACUUCCAAUAGAAAGAAUUCUGAUGGAGGUACCGAUGAUUCUGAUGGAGAUGAAGUUGAUGGUGUUCUUGAAUCAUUGGCGAAACACCAUAACAAAUCGUCGAAAUCGCAUAAGAAAAAGGGUGCGGAUUUGGAUUUGGAUUCGGAAUCGGGAAAGCGGAACGAAAACUGGAAUGCAUUUCAAAAUCUGCUCUUGAAAGAUGAUGUUCAAGAUGAACAUUUUACGAUCAGAAACUCGGAAGACGGAUCGUUUUUGCCGAGAAAGGAUGCGAUGGACAUGGGGUCGGAGAAUUUCGUCAAGAAUCGACCGAAAACCGGGAUUAACGACUCAUUCGUCGUUCCAGAACGAAGCGGGGUCAACGAAUCUAGAAAUGUCAACUCUCAAGAUUUCGAGGGCGGCGAUAGUUUUCGUGUGAAGGGACGGGAUUCUUCGGAUGCUGAUAUGGUGAUUUCGCAGAGAUUCGGAGAAACGGGAAUGAAUGAAAUGAAGAACUUCCAGGAUCUUGGAUCGGAGUCUUCGAUGAUCAGAAACAAACGGGAAGAAGAUUGGUUUGUGGUCAAGAACUCCGAGAAUACGAUUGGAAAGUCAACCUUUGACGAUGAUUAUGUUUCGAUGAAAGGCGAUGUUUUUUCAUUGGAAUCGAGCAAAAAGAUUGUGCCGAUCGAUGAUUCAUUCAUGGUACAGCCGCAAACUACGCCAGCAUAUGAUUCACAAUGGCGAUCGGCGGAUGUUAGCAUGGUCGAAAAUGCGAAUAAACCCGAUGUCACAGAUGGUUCGGGUGGUCCGGUGGCUAAAACCGGGUUCUACGAGCCGGAUGACCUUUAUCUGAUGGUUUCACGUGAUUCUGGGGCCGAGCCACCCGUUCGGUCCUCGUGGACCCCGGAAAUCGACUACGGGAAUGAGGUUCCUUUCACAAAAUCGGAACCGAAGCCGGCUCCAGUUGAGACGAAAGAACAACCCGAAGAGGUUCCGGUCAAAACGAAAAAGAAGGUGAUGAAAACUCGACCGUUAUCGAAAUCUCUCCCGACCGAUAAGAGGUUACCGUUUGUGAGCCGGCCGAUCGUUCACAAGAGCAAAAGAGAACAGGAAGAUGAGAUUCGAAAGAGGGUGGAAGAAUUGGCAAUCCAACGACAAAAGAGAAUAGCCGAAAGAACUGCCACGAAAACUGGUGCAGGUGGUAGCUCUGGGUCUGGUUCUAAAACCAAAACCGGAGCUACAACUCCUGUAAAACCAGUUAACCAGAAGGGUACUUCCGGUCAACUUAAGAAAACCAGUUCGAAAGCAACUUAAGAAUUUACAAACGCCUAUCUGGCACGAAGAACGAUUGUUAUUAUGGUGUUCUUAAUUCGUGUUUCCGCUUGAUGGUUGUGAGUUGGUGUAUAAUACGUUCACACGUCCAAAGAGGAGUCUAUUAAAUACGACGAUACGGGUAUUUUUUGUUCUUUGGGAAUAUUUUUUUGUAUGUAUAAUGUUAAUUUACAAUAAAUAUGUUUGUUGGUUGUGUCACAUUUGUCUCAUUGGUUUAUUUAUAUCUGUAACAGAUUUAAUCAUUUGAGAACGUUAUAUAUUGUAAUAACUGUGAGAGCUAUUAUCAUAAGUUAUUGUUGCACGUGAUUUUUUC